CCUCUCCAACUCACCCCCCUCCUCCUCCUCGCCGAGCCGACCAAGUGCGACCGCCCCACCGCGCGCGCGCCACCCACCGCCACCGCGCGCGGGGAUCGUCGAGCACCCCGGCACCGCAGCCGGAGGCGGCGAGCGCUCGGGCUGGCUCGGGUUCGCCGGGUGGGCGAGAAGAUGAGCGGCCACGACUCCAAGUACUUCUCCACCACCAAGAAGGGGGAGAUCCCCGAGCUCAAGGAGGAGCUCAACUCCCAGUACAAGGACAAGAGAAAAGAUGCUGUCAAGAAAGUUAUUGCUGCUAUGACUGUUGGAAAAGAUGUUUCAUCUUUGUUUACCGAUGUUGUGAACUGCAUGCAGACCGAGAACUUGGAGCUGAAGAAACUAGUAUACUUAUAUCUGAUUAACUAUGCUAAAAGUCAACCUGACCUUGCCAUACUUGCUGUAAACACAUUUGUUAAGGAUUCACAAGAUCCAAAUCCACUAAUUCGGGCUUUAGCUGUGAGGACAAUGGGUUGCAUCCGUGUGGAUAAAAUCACAGAGUACCUCUGUGAUCCUCUUCAAAGAUGCCUCAAGGAUGAUGAUCCAUAUGUGCGGAAGACUGCAGCUAUCUGUGUUGCUAAGCUUUAUGAUAUAAAUGCUGAGCUAGUUGAGGACAGAGGAUUCCUUGAGGCCCUUAAGGACCUAAUAUCUGACAAUAAUCCUAUGGUAGUUGCCAAUGCUGUUGCUGCGCUUGCAGAGAUUCAGGACAGCAGUGCUCGUCCAAUAUUUGAAAUCACCAGUCAUACGUUGUCAAAGCUUCUGACUGCUCUGAAUGAAUGCACAGAAUGGGGCCAGGUUUUCAUUUUGGAUUCUCUGUCAAGGUACAAAGCAGCAGAUGCAAGGGAAGCAGAAAAUAUAGUAGAACGAGUUACACCUCGUCUCCAACAUGCAAACUGUGCUGUUGUUCUUUCUGCUGUAAAGAUAAUCCUUUUACAAAUGGAGCUCAUUACUAGCACUGAUGUUGUCCGGAAUCUCUGUAAGAAAAUGGCACCCCCUCUUGUUACACUUUUGUCAGCAGAGCCUGAGAUUCAGUAUGUAGCGUUAAGGAACAUUAAUCUGAUUGUUCAGAAAAGGCCUACAAUACUCGCACAUGAAAUUAAGGUCUUCUUUUGCAAGUACAAUGACCCAAUAUAUGUUAAGAUGGAAAAGUUAGAGAUUAUGAUAAAGCUUGCGUCGGACAGAAACAUAGAUCAGGUUCUAUUGGAAUUCAAAGAGUAUGCCACAGAGGUGGAUGUUGACUUUGUCCGUAAAGCUGUUCGCGCUAUUGGAAGAUGUGCAAUUAAGUUGGAGAGAGCCGCUGAAAGAUGCAUCAGUGUUUUGCUUGAGCUGAUUAAGAUAAAAGUUAAUUAUGUUGUGCAGGAGGCUAUAAUUGUUAUUAAGGACAUCUUCAGACGCUACCCUAAUACGUAUGAGUCGAUCAUUGCAACACUUUGUGAAAGUCUAGACACCUUAGAUGAACCAGAAGCUAAGGCAUCAAUGAUUUGGAUUAUUGGAGAAUAUGCUGAAAGAAUUGACAAUGCUGAUGAACUUCUUGAGAGCUUCCUGGAAACAUUCCCUGAAGAACCAGCAUUAGUUCAAUUGCAGUUACUAACAGCUACUGUCAAGUUAUUCCUUAAAAAGCCAACCGAGGGGCCACAACAGAUGAUACAGGCUGUUCUCAAUAAUGCAACAGUUGAAACAGAUAAUCCCGAUUUGCGUGACCGAGCUUAUAUAUACUGGCGACUUCUUUCUACUGAUCCUGAGGCAGCAAAAGAUGUAGUUUUGGCAGAGAAACCUGUUAUCAGUGAUGAUUCCAACCAGCUUGACUCUUCACUCCUAGAUGAUCUGCUAGCCAAUAUUUCUACCCUUUCAUCAGUUUAUCACAAGCCUCCAGAAGCAUUUGUUAGCCGUGUUAAAACUGCACCUAGGGCUGAUGAUGAGGAGUUUGCUGAUACAGCUGAAACAGGAUAUUCGGAGUCACCAUCUCAGGGAGUUGAUGGGGCAUCUCCUUCCUCUAGUGCUGGCACAUCUUCUAACGUCCCAGUGAAGCAGCCAGCAGCUGGAGCCCCAGCUGCUCCUGCUCCAAUGCCAGACCUUCUUGGUGAUUUGAUGGGUAUGGAUAACUCAAUUGUUCCUGUUGAUGAACCAACAGCACCUUCAGGUCCUCCACUGCCUGUCUUGUUGCCAUCAACCACUGGCCAAGGACUGCAGAUCAGUGCACAACUAGUACGACGUGAUGGCCAAAUAUUCUACGAUAUAUCUUUUGAUAAUGGCACUCAAGCUGCACUAGAUGGAUUCAUGAUUCAGUUUAACAAAAAUACCUUUGGCCUUGCUGCCGGUGGUCCACUUCAGGUUCCUCCACUGCAACCUGGGGCCUCGGCUAGGACACUACUACUUAUGGUGGUAUUCCAGAAUCUCUCCCCUGGAGCACCAAAUUCGCUGCUGCAGGUUGCUGUGAAAAAUAAUCAGCAACCUGUGUGGUACUUCAAUGACAAAAUUCCGAUGCAUGUCUUCUUUGGUGAAGAUGGCAAAAUGGAACGGACAAGUUUUCUUGAGGCCUGGAAAUCUUUGCCUGAUGACAACGAAUUUUCUAAAGAAUUCCCGGCUUCUGUUAUCAGCAGCAUAGAUGCGACCGUCGAACACCUUGCAGCAUCUAAUGUGUUCUUUAUUGCCAAGAGGAAAAAUGCCAAUAAGGAUGUUCUGUAUAUGUCUGCGAAGAUUCCGCGUGGAAUUCCCUUCCUGAUAGAGCUUACUGCCGCAGUUGGUGUUCCUGGCGUGAAGUGUGCGGUCAAAACGCCAAACAAGGAGAUGGUGGCCCUCUUCUUUGAAGCUAUGGAGUCUCUUCUCAAGUGAGCACCAAACUGAAGACCAUUGUUCCUUCCAAAUUGAUCAGUUGAUGAGCUACUACUCUAGGUGUGGAUGCGGCAUUGUUUUUCAGGAGCUGGUGUGAAUUGUAUUUGUUGUUUUUGUAUUAGAUUACUGUAUUUAAACUCUGCUAGUUUCCUGGUUUAUAAGUUUUUCACGACAAAAUACUUAACAUGUCC